AUGCUCCGACUCUACAUCACUUACGCCCUCGCAUGGCUCCUUGUUGCCCAAGCCGCCAGCUUUGGCCAUGUGGUGGUCCCAGCUGACUCGACGUCAACCCGCAUCCUUGCUGCCGUCACCGCCGCCGUGGUGGUGAGCAACUACUACGGAGAGGUCCUCGGCCACAAUCAGCUACCAUACUCCAAGUUUGCGCCAGCAGGGGACUUUCCCUCUGCUCGCAUCGGUUGGGCCCUCAUGUAUGCCAUCCCUGCUGCCGUAUAUCUCGCGCUGUACUGCUACGCGGGCGCGCCAUCCUCGCUCUACCACCAUCUCAAUCUCCUUGUCAUCCUCCUCCACUACGGGAAGCGAGUCUCAGAGUGCCUCUUCCUUCACAAGUACUCCAAGGCUCCGCUGACCUCAUCCGUCUUUGGCAUCGCCGCCUUUUACUCGCUCGGCUCGGUCGUCCAUCACUUUCUGGUCAACAUCUCCGUCGCCGUCGAUGAUGCUGCAUCGCUCACGAUCUACGCCGAUCCGUCACGGUUCCACAUCCCGGUCCUUGUUUAUACUGCCGGUCAGCUCAUCAACCUUGUCCACCACGCCAUCCUGGCCAACCUGCGAAGCGAGGGCGAGACCAAGUACGUCGUCCCGCACGCCGGCCUCUUCUCCGUCGUCACUUGCCCACAAUACUUUGGCGAGCUCAUCGCCUGGUUCGGCAUCGCCAUGAUCGCUCGCUCUCUCCUCGCCUACGCCUCCUGGUUCACCAUGGUCGUCUACCUCUCCGGCCGCGCCCUCCAGACCCGCAACUGGUAUCGCUCCAAGCUCCGCGACGACUUUCCCGCCGAUCGCGACUGCCUCGUCCCCUUUAUCUUCUAA